AUUUUGUUUAUAGGUAGGUGAUGUCAUGGUUUCCCGGGUUAACAGUGACGACAUCAGAUUCGGAGAUUUUGGAUUGGCUGCUAGACUGUUGCCAGGAAAAGAUUAUUUCUUAGAGUAUGGACAUCCUGAAUUUGUUGCACCUGAAAUAGCGAAGAAAGAACCAGCAACCUUGCUUGCAGACAUGUGGAGUGUAGGAGUUAUUACCUACCUGUUGCUGAGUGGCAUUUCCCCGUUCUUGGGGGAGAAUGACCGGGAGACGCUGACCAGGCUGCAGCAGGGAAAAAUCAACUUCAGUGAAGAUGCGUUUACAGGAGUCAGUGACGAUGCCAAAGACUUCAUGUCCAAAUUACUCGUCUUUGAUCCUAAGGGACGGAUGGAUGUAAAAACAGCUUUACAGCAUAGGUGGAUCAAGUACUAUUUGGAAAAAACUUCGGCGGAUAGAGUUCUCAACAAUAUGGAACGAUUGAGGGAAUAUCAGAAGAGAUGGAGAGAUUGGUACGCCAAUGCUUCUUGCAAACGAUACUACCGUCGACGUACCUUAGAAUCUUGUUUCCAUCACCCCAGCAAAAUGAUUUAUCCCCCAGGAGAACCCUACACUCCCGAAAGCAGUCCGGAACGAGAUUUGGAAAGAUCACACGUCAAGCCAUCUCAUUUUGACGAUGUCACUUUCCGUCAAAAGAUCAAUCGGGAAGACAUUGACUUCAGAUCUGAAAGCAGCUAUCAAAAUGGUCCGGAUACAUAUUUGUUGCAGUUGAGAGAUACUGAUUUUCCAAUGAGGUUGAGACAGUACCUGAGAGUGGGAUCAUCCACAAGUCCAUCUCUUGCAGCCAGUCUAAGGGAUAAGCACUGGGGAGACAGCACUCUGGUCAUUCGGGAGCGACGAAAAUUUGUGGACAUGAUGGACGAGGAGAUUGACGACGAGAAAAAAGGUCUGACGUUGAGGUCAGUACCGAAAAGACUCUACCACGAGAUUGGUACUCUCGGAUUCGCAAGAGAACAGAUGGAACAAUUGAAAACAGAAGUAUGGAAAGAAAAAUCCCGUGAAUUAGCAAUAGGUAUGCCUCCGUACUUUAGAGAAAAGAUUCGCAACUCAUCGAUGAAAGAAAAUGAUGAAGUUGUAUUUACAUGUUAUGCUGUGGGUAAACCAAAGGUCGAUUACACUUGGUUCAGGAAUGACGGCAUUCUCCUUGAGAGCAGCAGAAUUGUUGUUACUGAAAGAAAAGAUGGCCGAUGUGAACUGAGGAUAAACCCAACCAGAGCUUACGACAUUGGUGUAUAUAAAUGCGUUGCCCGAAACAUGCACGGGGUUUCUUGUUGUAGAGCAAGGUUGAAACUCGGAUCUAAACCGGGACGACCUGAACCUCCAGUAGUGAAGAAUACUUCAGAUACUGAAAUAUACAUCACCUGGGCAGUACCGAGGGAUGAAGGAAACUGUACAACUCUAGGAUAUACUCUAGAUUAUAAGAAAUCAGAUGACGAUAAGUGGACGACGAUAGCCAACAACAUCGAACAUGGAUAUUUUGUGAUAAGAAAUUUGCAACCAUCCACGUUCUAUCAGUUCAGAGUGAAAGCGUUCAACAAGUUCGGAUGGGGUGAAUUCAGUCUUCCUACGACGCCGGUCACAACAAAACCUGAAGGGGCUACUAAAGUGAAAGUCAGCCCUCGAAGAAAAUACCAGCAAGAAUUCACUGAAAGAACUCCAGAUUAUGAAUUAGAAGAGUCAGAAAUUCCAGAGUUAGACUACAGCAGGGAAAGUAAUCCAGUACCCCUGGAAGAAGGUGAUACCCUAGAUUUGUACAGAAUAGUUUCAGAAAUGGACAGGGGGAGAUUUUCUGUUAUACUGAACGUUUGGGUGAAAGAAACAAACACAUCUAGUAUAGCAAAAGUGGUACAGACUUCAAAGGAGGCCGACGGUAAGCAGGAGUACGAAAUAAUGAAGAGUCUAUGUCACGAAAGAGUGGUCACCCUCCUGUCGGCUAGUUAUCAAGGUGACAAGACAGUACUGGUGAUGGAGAAACUUUCAGGGGUCGAUGUUAUGUCUUAUCUGGCGCUGCGACACGACUACAACGAAGAGCUUGUUGUCACCAUUAUCAAACAGGUUUUGGAAGCACUACAGUACCUCCACUUUAUGGGGAUUUGCUAUUUGGACUUGCAGCCUGACAACGUCGUCAUGGUCAACUUAAGAGACUCCGAUAUAAAAUUGGUCGAUUUCGGUACUGCACGAUAUGUACCGAAGAUCGGUGGUAAAGUUCAUGUGGAAGGCACUCUGGAAUACUUAGCUCCAGAAGUCUUAAAACAUGAGGAUGUAACAUAUCAAACAGAUGUAUGGUCUGUUGGAGUUUUAACUUACAUACUCUUAAGUGGUGUUUCUCCAUUCCGAGGAAGAGACGAUGAAGAUACGAGAUCGAAUGUCACAUUCGUUCGAUACCACUUCGAACAUUUGCACUCCGACGUUACAGCCGAAGUAACGCGUUUCUUAUUGAACAUUUUUAAACAAAGUCCCAUCAAAAGACUGACCAUCGAUGAGUGUCUGGAGCACAAAUGGCUCGCACCAAGUGAGUACAUGAUCAUGAAGAGGGAGAGUGCCAGGUUCCUUCCAGACAACCUUAUAGCCUUCGCCAAACAGUUCCACGCCACCAAGUACGAAGCAAUGAAUCCUGAAAUGCUUACUUCACUCGGAAUGUCUUCUAAUAAAAAUGAUAUGAAAAUUGAUGACUUAAAUUAACAUUUGCAAAAAAAGAUCGCAGAAUGGAAGGUGAAUGUUGACAAAAUAUUUUUGAACAAACUGUAUGAAAUGUACCUAUGUACAAUCUAUGUAUUUGCAUUAAGAAAUUAAUUAUUUAUAGUGAUGUGCAGAUUGUCAAUAAAUUUCAUUUUAUACAAAACUA